UGUAGUAUAGUGGUGAGUAUUCCCGCCUGUCACGCGGGUGACCCGGGUUCGAUCCCCGGCAACGGCGAUAUUUUACUUUCUCUUUUCUUUUUCUUUCCCACUUUUGUAAAAGAUAUUUAAACGGUUGCGUAUUGCACACUCCUCCUGUGCAUAACCGUACUUUUCUGUUAGUUUCACUUUAAGCCACUUUCCCACCCAUUUCCUACGACGAAGAACAAACUCGUCACUCCACCUUCUGAUCAAAUCAGAAAUUCGUCAAUCAAAUCAAAUCGAGAUCACCUCAAAUCACGAUGACCACCAGCAUCCACAUCUCCGCCCUCGACGGCAUCGUCAAUGUGAAUUCUCUCUUCACUUUCGCUGUCUUCGUCGGUCUCGCUUGGAAUCCAACCGACCCCAGUAGCUCCCUUGUCAACGAUCCCACCUCCCCUUGCGUCGCCGGCCCCGCCAUCGUUGAGAACAUUGUCUCCUUCCACGUCUUCUCCUUCAGCUCGUUCCUCUUCUCCAGCUUGAUCGCUCUAGCACUCAAACAAGCUCUUCGUAUCUCCAAAACCUCCGGUUUUCCCUCUAAUUCCCAUCACUUGCCCGAGUUAUACGUGCGCGUGAACAAGGGUUCUUUUCGCGUUGGGAUGCUGGCUUCGGGUGUUGGGUCGGUUGUCGGGUGCGUGUUCUUGAUGCUGGCUUUGAUUAAUGUGGUUCAGUUCAAGCUUGGGACUUUGGCUUGUGGAAGUGGGUUUAGCUUGGCUGCUGUUGUACCUCUUGUGAUUUUUGUCUCUAGUGCUCUCUUGAUUUAUUCUUGCAUCGUUUUGUAUGCCUUUUUUUGUUAGAUUACAUCCACGAGGUAAAUUAAUAAUAUAUUUAUGAGUUUGUCUGUA